AUGGCUGCCUCUCGCCUCGAUCAGUUAGUCAAGGGUGCUCCUCCGCCAGAGGCACACCUUCCCUUCAAUGACUCUCCGGCACCUUUCCCCAAGUCGUACCUUGAAGGCUCGAAGACUGCGACGGAUUCCCGCCCUACAACACCGGACCCGCUCUCUACGUUACCUUCGUCUCCGCCGCAGAUAUAUUUGAAUUUGUUGAUACUUGAGAGUUCUUUGCGUGCGCAGUACUUGGCACUGCGAGAGCGGCGUCGUCAGAACACCUUCUUUCUCCUAAUUCUGGCGUUAUGGAUAGCGUACUUCUUUUAUGCAUUGUUUAUGCGACCUAGAGAAGAUGGGAGCGGCGUGGGAGGCUCAGUAUAUUGGAUGGUUGAGACCGCCGAGAAGGUGGCAUUCAUGGCCGGCAUUGUUACUGGCAUUUUGGUCUGGGGAACCGGUCAAUGGGAAAGAGGGAUGCGAUGGCCAAGGCGCUGGUUCGCUGUUGCCAAUCGAGGUCUAAGGGUCUUGAUUCGCGGUCCGUGGUGGAAGGAGCUGUUAUCAUUACUCUCCUUCAUCUUCCCAUACUCCUCGCUAUUCCAGUCACCGAAGAACUUUCAGUAUGUUGAGCUACCUUCAUCCGAAAAGCGUGCUGCCAGACAGCACCACUCCGUCCACAACCACGAGAGCGACUCGGCUUAUAUUGAAGAGGACCUGGCGCCUGGCGGGGACUACAUUCGACUGUUACUCUUACCGAAAGCAUUUUCCCCCGAAUUUCGGGAAAAUUGGGAUGAAUACCGGGCAGACUUCUGGGAGAAAGAAAACGAGAGACGGGCUCAACUUCGCCGUAUAGUCCACGAGAGAGAACGGCAGCGAGCCCGCCAAGAGGGUGGUUGGCUGUGGUGGUUACCCUUUAGAUGGCCACGUUCGCGCAGACAUCUUCAGUCCCAUCACCAUCAUCAACACCAUCGACAAAUGUCUAGUGUUGCUAAGACGCAUGAAGGCCGAGUUCGCCGUAAUACUCGCUCCAACUCGCAAUCAAUUCACAACCGGACCCUAUCUCGUAGCUCGACUCCCGAGGGCAGCACGGCUACUCCGACAGAUAUACAAGGUCACAAGCGCAAAAAGAGUACGAGGCCGUCCAGCUCACGAGGUCCUUCACCUCUGACUCCUCAGGUCUCGAAACGGGACUCCACCAUAUCAGUCUCUUCCACAGCGUCUGACGAUUCCUUUUUACCAGCGUCCAGGCAUAGACGGAAUUCCCCAGAAGUCAAUGCAGCAGCGGAAGCUUGA